AUGGAGAACGAAGGAAAUAAAUCCCGCGUGAUCAUCGUUGGUGGUUCGGUUGCGGGCCUGACUCUCGCUCAUUGCUUGGAGAAAAGCAAUAUCGAAUAUGUGGUGUUGGAAUCGCAUUGCGAUAUCGCACCUGAAGUGGGUGCUUCAAUUGGAAUUCUUCCAAAUGGUGCGCGCACUUUGGAUCAGUUAGAUCUGUUUGAUGAUAUCUUGAAUGAAUGUCGGCCAUUGGAGAGGGCCUUCACCUGGACCGACAAGGGCAAACUCAUCGUUGAGACCGAAGCCCCCCUUGCAUACGAAGAAAGGCAUGGAUAUUCUGUCUCAUUCCUCGAUCGCCAGUUCUUGUUGAGGAUUCUACACGACAGAUUAGGCGAAAAUCAAAAGCGAGUCCACACAAGUAAAAAGGUCGUCAAGGUGGAGCACUUACCAGAAAAAGCCUUGGUUCACUGCGCCGAUGGAUCGGUCUUUGAGGGAGAUAUAGUCGUGGGGGCAGACGGAGUGAGAAGUACUGUGAGAGAGCAGAUGUGGCAGCACAUGGAAUCCAUCGGAUUGGAAAAAGAGGCGGAGAAGGAAAGAGCCAUCCUGUCAUCGGAAUACUCUUGCAUAUUUGGAAUUUCGACCGCAACCCCAGGCUUAAUUCCUGGACACAGUCAUCGGACAUAUGCAGAAGACUUCUCUGCCUUGACCAUCAUAGGCAAAAAUGGCCGUGUCUUCUGGUUUUUGUUUGCCAAGUUCGACAAGGUCUACUCUGGAUCAGAGAUUCCUCGCUUCACUGCAGAGGAUAUGAAGACGCAGCUCGAUCGAUUCUCUGACAAGCCAAUCACGGAUACUGUUCCUUUCUCAGCCAUCCGCCAAAACACUGUAUCCAGCAGCUAUUUGGCACUCGAAGAGGGUUUCCACAACCAUUGGUGUAGUGGCCGAAUUGUUUGUAUUGGAGACUCUGCACACAAGAUGACUCCUAACCAGGGACAAGGCGGCAACAGCGCGGUGGAGAGCGCUGCAGCAUUAGCAAACUCUCUUACUGAGCUGCUUCAAAAGUCAUCGACCGAAAAGAUCCCACUUGAAGACAUCAAAAGCUGUUUAAGUAAUUGGCAGACAGCACGACAACCGAGGGUGAAAGAAGUCUGCAUCAAAGCGAAUGCCCUCACUCGACUGGAAGCUUGCGCAACAUUCAAGGAUCGAGUUAUUGCAUUGCACCUGCUCCCAUACCUGGAUAACUACUUGCUUAACCGCGCUUCCAAGACAUUUUCCGGAGCAGAAAGAAUCAAUUAUCUCCCACUACCGCCCAGAGCAUCAGACUGCACCAUGCCACUUCAUCUUGGCGCAGAGCGUUCGAGCAAUGGAGCGCUCUGGAAACGAGGACUUUGGGCUACUCCCCUCCUUGGAUGGUAUGCAGCUGCAAAUAUCACAAUGGGAUCUGCAAAGGCAGGUUUCAUGCCACAUCUGAUCUCAAUACUUCGCCAGGGAGCCUGGACAUUCAGUGGCGGAGAGACUCUCAGUCUGACCGCGCCAUUGUACAAAAUCCCCAUCCUUGAUCGAACCUUCUCAGCUCUGAUUACUUGCUUCCUUCCCUCUAUCAGUGGAUCUGAUGCAGUAUCAAACUCUCAAAUGGUUUCGUUCCUAGCCGACGUUGGCCCAGUCUAUGCGAUCUGGCUACUUGAGAGCUAUCGCCAGGGAAGCGCUGGACUGGACAUGAUCCUGGCUGUAACUGCGGGCAUGGCUUUCCAGCUAAAGGGAAUUGGAAAGAUUGCUCCUUUGUAUCUCGCAAUGGAGUACAUCCGAUCCACCCCUUCAUCACCAAAGGAAGAAAAUCGCGACAUCAAGACGAUUGCCUUAAAGUCAUUCCUGCCAGCCAUGAUCGCCGGCUAUUACUUGCCAACAUUUGCCAUGUUCUUCGCCCCGACAGUUGAAUCCCGCCGAUCUUACAACGCCAUAUGGCAAUUGUUCCCGUUGGUGGUUCCCUUGCUUCAAGUUCCUGUCUGUCUAUUGGCGAGAAAACCCCGUUCCAAGACUGAACGAAAGGAAAAGAAACCCCGAAGCCACAAAAAGAACAUGAUCUGGACUCGCAUGACCUACGGUUCGUUGGCUGCGAUCUCAGGACUGUCUUUUAUUUACGCACGGUGGUCUGCUCCUCCAGGCUCAACCUUGGCUCGGAUCUUUUUACCUGGCCUGUUUGAGCACAGUCAGCCAGUUUCUUCUUUUUCCCAGGGCAUUGCUCUAUUCCUGAAGUAUGAUGAGAUCUUCUCUCUUGGUGCCGGUCUUUAUUGGAUGGGACUGAGGUUCCGGGAGCUGCAGCAAUCUGGAGUGCCUGUUUCGUGGUGGAAAUCGGUGGGUGCUUUGGUAGGAACUACUGUCACACUUGGCCCCGGUGCAGCACUGGCGUUGGGCUGGGGAUGGCGAGAGGAAGCUUUGGCGAGGGUCCCCGCCGUGGAAAGUAAAUAA